GAAGGCAGCGUAGGGUUCUGGGCUGGACAGGAAACGACGGAGACGCGCAGCGUGUCUCCUCAGCAGCUCCGGGAGAGAAGAAUGGGAAAAGGGAAUGGGACUGUAUAUGUAGACGAGGCAAUUCGUAAAAACAUGAGGACAGCAGCCAGUUUUUAACUAGAUUCCUCUUUAAAACCGAUAAUUGCACAUAUUGUAUCAGGAGUUUUUCUUAUUUUUUCCCUGAGGAGAGGGAUAUUUGCUCCCACUGGAGAACAUAGCAGAGGAGAGGAACGUCUUUGUGAAUCCCUUUUGACAGGGAUAAAAACCCAGUCACAGUGAGGGGUGGCGGUUUCAUCUGACCUCAGUAGGAAAAAGGGAAAGCCGCUUCAGAGAUGGAGCAAGUAUCAGAUGAUGAGUUGGACCAUGGAGCAGAGGAGGACAGUGAUAAGGAGGACCAGGACCUGGACAAGAUGUUUGGAGCCUGGCUGGGAGAGCUGGACAAGCUCACACAGAGUCUGGAUGAUGGCAGGCCCCAGAAAGCACUGCAGAAGCCUCCCCUCAGGCAGGAGACAAACAUGGCCAACUUCUCCUACCGCUUCUCGAUGUAUAACAUAAACGAGGCGUUGAACCAGGGCGACACAGUGGACCUGGAUGCCCUGAUGGCUGACCUGUGCUCCAUCGAACAGGAGCUCAGUACCAUUUCCAAACCAAACUCCGCGUCACGUGGCCACAGCAAAGGCCAGCAGCGGGCCCCUGGAGGGCGCAGUGCCAGUACCAAGCACACAGGCACCAGUGGAGGGGGAAGCAGCGGAGAAAGCGCCAGUAGCAGUACCCGGGCAUCGCCAGCCAACACAAUACGAGGUGGCAGCGUCGGCUCCCGCCCCACGGCCUCCAACAUCUCCCUGGAUGACAUCACCUCUCAGCUGGAGAGGGCCUCUCUAAGCAUGGAUGAAGCGGCACGUCAGACCUCUUCCUCUUCCUCCUCUUCCUCCUCCUCUUCUUUCUCCUCCACCACUCUCCGGCGGCCCUCGUCGGGGUCAUCCGGCGGAGGGCAGCACCGGAGGACCGGCUCUGUCGGCACGGUCAGCGAGCAGGAAGGACCAUCACAGCGGUCCAGUGUAAAUUCAGCAUGUGCCUCAGCGUCCAGCAUGGACUCCCUGGACAUUGAUAAAGUGAUGACGGGUGGAGAGGUGGAGGGCCAGAGCAGCCCGAGCACACAAGGACAAAACCAGACCAGCACAGAGCAUGUCACACUGCGACGGGCCAAUGGUAAGGCAGCCAGGCGGCAGCUUGACUUCACCUCACAAGAGGGUGAAGUGGAUCGGGCCACUCAUUCCUAUCUGGACCGAGAAACCUCGCUCAUUCUGAAAAGCAUAGCUGGGAAGCCUUCUCACCUCCUGACCAAGGAGGAGCAAGCUGCCAAAUUGAAGGCAGAGAAGAUCCGAGUCGCCCUAGAAAAAAUCAAGGAGGCACAGGUCAAAAAGCUGGUGAUCAGGGUCCACAUGUCAGACGAGAGCUCCAAGACCAUGAUGGUGGAUGAGCGGCAGACAGUAAGGCAGGUGCUGGACAGCCUGCUCGAUAAGUCACACUGUGGCUACAGCCCUGACUGGUCUCUCGUGGAAACCAUCACUGAGCUACAGAUGGAGCGUAAUUUUGAGGAUCAUGAGAACUUGGUGGAGAAUCUAUUAAACUGGACCCGGGACAGCCACAACAAGCUUAUGUUCAUUGAACGCAUCGAGAAAUAUGCUCUUUUCAAGAACCCUCAGAACUAUUUGUUGGGGCGGAAGGAGACAUCCGAAAUGGCUGACAGGAAUAAAGAGGCUUUAUUAGAGGAGUGUUUCUGUGGCGGCUCUGUGUCGGUGCCAGAGAUUGAGGGUGUCCUGUGGCUGAAGGAGGAUGGGAAGAAGUCGUGGAAGAAACGCUACUUCCUCCUCAGAGCUUCAGGGAUCUACUACGUCCCCAAAGGCAAAGCAAAGGCAUCCAGAGAUCUUGUGUGCUUCCUGCAGUUGGACCAUGUUAACGUGUAUUAUGGCCAGGACUACCGCAGCAAGUACAAGGCUCCCACUGACUACUGCCUGGCCCUAAAGCAUCCACAAAUCCAGAAGAAGUCACAGUACAUCAAGUAUCUCUGCUGUGAUGAUGUCAGGACCCUGCACCAAUGGGUGAAUGGAAUUCGCAUCGCCAAGUAUGGGAAGCAACUAUAUGUGAACUACCAGGAAGCCAUGAAGAGGACAGAGGCGGCCUACGAUUGGUCCUCUCUCUCUACCUCCAGCAUCCGAUCAGGCUCCAGUUCUGCCAGCAUACCUGAGUCCCAGUCUAAUCAUUCAGGCCAUUCAGACAGUGGGGUGGACACGGGCUCUUCUCAUGGCCGGUCCCAGAGUGUGGUGAGCUCCAUUUUUUCUGAGGCCUGGAAGAGAGGUACCCAGAUCGAGGAAAACACCAAGCAGAUGAGAAUGGAGGCAUCCAGAGGGGCCACCCUGCCGCAUGCUUCCCACAGUCACCGGCAUCACAGCCAGCACUCAGUUGAUCACCCAGCCCUGACGCCUCCUCCCCAACUGCAGCCCCAGCCCCAGCCCCAGACCCAGCCCCAGACCCAGCCCCAGACCCAGCCCCAGACCCAGCCCCAGACCCAGCCCCAGACCCAGCCCCAGCCUCAGACCCAGCCUCAGACCCAGCCCCACCCACCACAGCUUCAGCCCCCAUCAAUGCACCCCCAGACACUGACCCAGCCACAACACCAGCACCUGCCUCCCCAGCCUCAGUCUCCUCAACCGGCCCCACAGCCACCACCCCAGUUGCAUCAGCGCCCUCAGCAAUCACCACAGUCUCCACAACAACAACAGCAGCAGCAGCAGCCACAGACCAUCAGCAACUACAACCACGUGCCCCAACAGCAGCAACAGCUGGCUCCCCACCCCCUCCUCCUCCACCGCCUCCCCCUCCUCCCCUACCCCCAGUUCAAAUGGUGUCACACCACUCACCGGCUCCCACCAUGUACAAGUACAGCACGAUCACCAGGCUGCAGAACCAGAAGGCCUCCCAGGCUGCCAAUCACCACAAGUUGCCCAGUCACCUCCAUGCAAUAGCUCACCAAGUUCUUCCCUCAACUCCGACACCACCUCCAGCACAGGUGUCCAUCAGACCCAAUGUGAAUCACAUUGCGGCAAGGACUAAUGUCCCGCCUCCCCCUCCACCACCUCCUCCCCCUCCACCCUCCAUGCCAACCCCUG